AUGCAGGAAAAGGACAUAGCGUCUGAUAAAUGGAAGCAGCCGGGCUGGAGGAUUGAGCAGAAAUACUCCAAUAAAGUGCUUGUAGGCAACUGGGCCGAGGAGAGACUCCAGUUCUCUCAGGAGCGUAAGACAGCAAACAGCAGCAAUCGGCUGGACUUCAAGCCUCACACGGAUCACAGGCCAGAUGUGAUUGUGAGACAAACAGCGCUGCGUAGAUCUGAGGGUCUUCCCACCAGACUCUUCUUCUCCCAUCAUAACACUCCAACCUCACAUUACCUGGUCACUCUCUAUGACGAGUCUUAUGGGCGACAUAACUCUUCUGGUCUUCCCAAGCUCCGCAGUUGGCACACUGAUAAGAUGGCUUGGGUUCCUGAGAAGUCUGACCAUCCUCUUCAUGGCCCUCCGACCAACUACGGUCUGACAGAGCUUUGGCGAGCGCAGCUGGAGAAGCAGCAGGCAGGGUCACACAUGCUCAGUAUGUACAGAGCGGCGUAUCCAGUGCACCCUGCAGAUGCAUUCUGUCAGCCUCGGCAUGCCAGAGUGCCACGCCUGACCUCCAUCAGGAAGAGCAACUUGGAAAUAAACCACAUGCCAGGAAAUGCUGCAAGACCAAUGUCACCCUCGUCCUGUGACUAA